AGAUACCAGAGCAAGUGGCUGAGCCUUUUUUAACUUGUAGGUUUGCCUCCAAAACCAGCCUGCAGUGUCUCAAGCAUGUCCGGAGUGUUCCUGGCCUGAAGGUGCUCCUCGUGCUGGGAUGGAGCCGCCACCUCAGCCCACUCACCCCCUCCCUGCUGCUGCCGGACCAGGGCGGGCGACCGUCCUCUGAGGCCGUCUGACAGGUGGGAGAAGAGUUGCUUUUAAGAUGACACGAACAGACCCACCUGACAUCCUGGUGUCCACAGUGUACCAAGACAUCAAAGUGGCCACUGCAGCCCCUGGGGAUUCCGUUAUCUGUCAGCCCCUGGCACAAUGUGACGCCUCCAUGUCCUCAUCCCUGUCCCGCGAGCCGCAGCCCUUCAACAAGCGCCAUUGCAGGAGUUUUGACUUCCUCGAGUCGCUGGAAGAGCUGGGCACCCCCCCGGCCAUGGAGCGCCCGUGCCCGCGCCCCGGCACGCCUGAGCCCACGCCGGGGCCGCCGGGCAGGCGGGCGCCACCGAAGCAGGACCCUUAUGUCGGCAGAGCCCCCGCGCCUCGGAGUGAGCCGAAGCGCCGCGCCCGCUCCAAGAGCGCUCCACGGGUGAAGUCCACCUUCACCGCGGUGCCCAUUACCGUGGCGGCAUCGCCACCGCUGGCCCGGCGCGGGCGGGAGGUGCUGCGGGUGGCACGGGAGCCCUCCCGCCCUGAUCCCUCGCCGCGCCGCGACGGCCCGGUGCCGCUGCGGGCGCUGGCCAACGAGGUUCACCCCAUCAAACUGCAGCCGCAGCGCAGCAGCGUCAGCCGCAUCUCCCCGCUCUGCCUGGGCAGCAACUGCUACGAGGAGGGGCCGGGGGCCAAGGUGGGCGCCAGCCCGCACGUCAAAUGCCGGGUGGACAUCAAGCCGGACGAGGCGGUGCUGGUGCACACAGCGCGCAGCCAGCGGGCAACCCCGAACCGCCCGGAGCCGUCACGCUGGCCCCGCGCCCCCGGCGCCGCCCGCAGCCUGGCCGUGCCGGGGAGCCGGCAGGCGUCCGCAUCCCGCACACCCACCCCUAGCGACUCCUACAGCGGGGACGCCCCGCUCCUGCCCUACCCCGCUGAGUACUAUGAGGCCGAUCCCCGGGUGCUGGCGUACCAGACGGUGCCGGUGCCGGCCUCACGGGAAUUCAGGGAGUACCCCGACAGGGGCUGCAUGACCUUCUCAGCCGCCGGCGUCCCCGCCAAGUUCUUCUACGCGGAGGAGACAGCACGGUGCCCCAGCCCUGCAAUGCCCCUCCGUAGCUCCGGCUACGCCAGCUACCCCUACCCCGGCCGCCACGCCGUGCCCCAGCCCUUCUACCCCGAGGACCCGGCCAAGGCUGCCGUCCACACGAUGCCGCCCCGGACGUUGUACGUGGAGGAGGCACGGGCUUACCCAGUGCAGGAGGCGCCUGCCCGCGCCUUCUAUGGGGAUGAGCCCCGUUUCUAUGCCCCGCGCGGGACCCCUGUCAAAACCCUCUACGCCGAGGACGCUCGGACAUACCCGGCCCUCGGGUCCUCUGCCCGGCUGUUCUAUGCCGAGGACUAUGGGAAGUACCGGGAGCGGGAGGUGCUGUCGCGGACGUGCCCCCCACCCCGCAGCGCACAGCCCCUGCACUUCGGGGACUGGUACUGCCCCGAGCGGGCCACGCUGCCCUACCAAACCCUGCAAGUGUCACGCUUCACUCCGCAGCCGGCCGGGCGCGAGGCCAUGUUCUCCUCCUGGCACACCAGCUACGGUGUGACCCCGCCACGGCUGGGCCGGGAGACCCAGCACUACUCCAAAUCCUGGGAUAACAUCCUGGCGCCGAUGGCACGCAGGGAGGAGGCCCUGCAGCGCGGGCGCAGCUAUGAGAACCUGCUCGCCCAGGAGCAGCACCGUGCCUUAUCCCCCGAGGAGCGCCGGCAGCCUGUGGUGAUCAACCUGUCGAGCUCACCCAAGCGCUAUGCCGCCCUGUCCCUCUCCGAGAGCUCCAUCCUUGAGCGGGUGCAUGCUGAUGGCAGCCGCGGACCCCCAGGCCGCUCCUGGUACGUCACGCCGGAGAUCACCAUCACUGACAACGACAUCCGUGCCGAUGGGCUGGGCCGCAGCGAGAGGCGCUCGGCCAGCUGGGACAUGCUGGACGCGGGACAGGAGCGCGGGCCCUACGCCGUGCCCUCCACCCCGCAGCCCGGCCCCAGGGAGAGCGGCUCAGGGCGCCAGCGCAGCCUGGAGCAGCUGGACGAGCUGAUCACCGACCUCGUCAUCGACUACAAGCCAGCGCCAGGCCACCGUGCUGGGGACAGGGACAGCCUCGCCGAGCAGCUCAAGCAGCUCCUGAGCAGCAGCACCCCAGGGCCCCCCCGGCGGGGCGAGGGCAGGCGGGUCCCCCCCAAUGUGCCCGAGGGACCCCGACCCACGAAGGAGCAGCCAGGCCCCAGCUCCCGCGCUGGCGCCCCACGGCCCCCGCCCACCCCGCUGGCUGCCGGCCCCUUCGAGAAGUCGCCAGAGAACUGCUCGCCCGACCUGAGCGCAGAGGAGGAUGACAUGAUGAUGUGCUCCAACGCCAAGUGCCGGCGCACGGAGACCAUGUUCAACGCCUGCCUCUACUUCAAAUCGUGCCACAGCUGCUACACCUACUACUGCUCCCGGCACUGCCGGCGCGAGGACUGGGACACGCACAAGGCGAGCUGCGUCUACGGGCGGGUGGGCAGCGUCUGCCGCCAUGUCCUGCAGUUCUGCCGGGAGAACGCCGAGGUGCACAAGGCCUUCUCGCGCAUUGCCAAGGUCGGAUACCUCUCCCGCGGCCGCGGUGUCCUCUUCCUUGGCUUCCCCAACGCUGGCUCGGCCGAGAACUUCCUCCAGUUUGGGCUGGAGAGCCUGCUGAUGUCCCCCACCUACCUGUCCCUGCGGGAGCUGGACAGCUACUCAGACAACCUGGGGGACUAUGCCCGGGAGCUGCGGGAGACGGGCAACCAGUACGACCCCAACGAAUGUUUCCUGCUGAAUGUAACCGUGGCCGUCACCCAGAAAGUGCCGGAGAGGCCAUCGCCCAAGACACAGGUGCCAACGGUCAGGAAAUACGCCAAGGUGGCCUUAGCCUCCUCCAGCCCCGAAAAGAAGAUCCUGAAGAAGGAGCGGGACAUGGAGACAUUGAUCCUGACGCCACCGCCCGGCACGGCAGACAUCGACAAGGAGGGGGAGGAGGGCCGGAAGGCACGGGAGAUCUGCUUCAUCAACAUCCAGCGGGAGCUGCGCAUCCGUGGCGUCUUCUUGCGCCACGAGUUCCCCGCCGUCUAUGAGCAGCUCUGCGACUUCGUGGAAAGCAACAAGCGCUUCACACCCACCACCAUCUACCCCAUUGACAAGAGGACGGGCAAACAGUUCAUGUGCAUGAUCAUGGCAGCCUCCGAGCCCCGCACCCUCGACUGGGUGGCCAGCCCCAACCUCCUGGACGACAUCAUGUGAACGCAGGGCGAGGGGCACCCUUGGGGCAUCCCCUCUGUAGAUAGGUGCUGUCCUGUUGUGGCGGUGGGACAGGGACUCCCUUGGCUGUGGCACCAAGGGGAAGGGGCUGCAGUGGGCUGCAGGUGGCCAGCAGUGCUAGAGGGACCCAAGGGAUGAAGGGAGCCCAGCCCAAGGUUUGCCCUAGAGCCCAGAGCCUGGCGAGACCCCGCAGAGCCCUCUCAGGUGAGCGGUGCCUGGCCAGAGUGGGGACACCCCAUGCACCCCCCAGCCCCUGCUCGCCGGGCUGCCACUCAC